AUGAAACGUGUUGGUAUUCCAGUUUUUUAUGGUGAUAAACGUAAAUAUGAAACUUGGAAGGCUGCAUUUAUGGCAUGCAUCGAUAAAGCACCAGCAACACCAGAAUAUAAAUUGUUACAAUUACGUCAGUAUUUGAAAGGUGAGGCAUUACAAGCUAUAGAUGAUUUAGGACAUUCGGCUGAAGCAUAUAUUGCUGCAAAGGAUCGGUUAGAAAGAAAGUUUGGUGGUGAACGUCGAAAAAUAAUGCGUUUUAUGGAUGAUAUUGAAAAAUUCCAGUCAAUUAGAAGUGAAGAUCCAAAGACAAUAGAAAAGUUUGCUGACUUGCUGGACAUAGCGGUAAUUAAUAUGAAAGAAGCUAACCGUGAAGAGGAUCUGGGUGAUGGUACAUUGUAUUUGUCAUUACAAAGAAAAUUGCCAGAAAAAAUGUUGUGUAGGUUUCAUCGUUGGCUUUAUGAAACAACAGAAGAAGAAUCUGUUGAAACUUUAAGAAAUUGGAUCAAUCAAGAAUCAAAGUACUUGGCAAUAGCUUCUGAAACAAAGCACGGACUAGCUAAUAAUGAGAGACCAAGAAACAGUAAUAGAUCUUUUCUUGCUGACAACAAGCCGAAGUUUAAUGACAAUAAGCCACAGUUUAAGAAAGAUUGUAAAAUUUGUAGAUCAGAUUUACAUAAUGUCUGGGAAUGUGAAAUAUUCAAAUCUAUGGAUACUGUGAAUAGAUGGCAGAAAGCAAGAGACAUAGGGUUGUGUUUCAGGUGUUUAAGAGAUAACCACCGAGGAAAUGAAUGUAAAAACUUUCGUGUUUGUGGUAUUAAUGGAUGUACUAGAAAUCAUCAUAAACUCUUACAUCACCAGCAAUCAUUAAACAGUGAUGCACAAGAAUUUGUUCCAAAAAGAAAAGAAACAUUUGGUGAACCAAAGCAGCAACAACAACAAGGAUUUUUCGCCAGAAAAAAUCAAAUAGCUUUACGUACAGUUCCUGUGGUAGUGUAUACAGAAAAUUCUAGAAAAAUCUUGAUAAAUGCAUUACUGGAUGAUGGAAGCACAAAAACAUACAUAAAUCAAAGUCUUGCUGGAGAACUCGGACUUCAAGGAAAAAUAGAAACAGUACAAGUAAACACUUUGAACGAUAGAGUACAAAGCUUCGAAACAAUGUCAGUGAAUUUAAGUGUUGAAAGUCUGAAUGGUCAGUCACAUACGGACAUAGAAGCAUACGUGUUAGAUAAUGUAACAGGUUCGUUACAAACAGUGAACUGGAAUAAACACAUAGAUAAAUGGGAGCACUUAAAAGGGAUCAAUUUUCCAUACAUAGACAAGAAUAAAGAAAUUGACAUGUUGAUAGGUCUGGAUUAUGCUGUCUUACAUUCUUCUCUGCAUGAGAUUCAUGGAAAGACUGGAGAACCAAUGGCACGUUUGACGCCUUUAGGAUGGACAUGUGUGGGACAGCUCGAUAAGGGAUCAAAUACAAGUUUACUAUCAACAUAUUUUGUAAAUGAACCAGAUGAUCUGGAUCAAAUGUUGAAAGGUUUCUGGGACAUUGACAAUUCAGGUGUAACAAUGAAAGAGCCAUUGACGCAAAAGGAACAAAAUAUUUUGAAAGACAGUGAAAAAGAGAUGAAAUAUGAAAAAGGUCAAUAUGAAGUGAAAAUUCCAUGGAAAAUGGAUCCAAAAGAUAUUCCGAAUGACUAUCAGAUGGCUGUGCGCCGUUUAAAUCAUACCGAGAAAAGAUUGCGUAAAGAACCAGAGAUUGAGAUGGCAUACAAAGAAACUAUAGAAAACUAUGAGAAUAAAGGAUACAUACGUAAAGUUCCCACAAAUGAAGAAGAUCACAAGAACAAGUGGUACUUACCUCACUUUCCAGUAGUACGGCUUGAAAAAGAAACUACGAAAGUACGAAUAGUCUUUGAUGCUGCGGCAAAAUUCAAAGGAGUAUGUCUGAAUGAUUUUAUUGAAACAGGUCCUAAACUACAAAAUGAACUUUUUGAUGUGUUACUUAGAUUUCGAAAAUAUGACGUUGCUCUGGUUUGUGACAUUAGUGAAAUGUACUUACGAGUCGGGAUUCACGAGACAGAUAGAAGGUUUCAUAGAUUUUUAUGGGACUCUAGUGAAUAUGAGUUUAGAACACUAGUAUUUGGCGUAAACGCAUCGCCUUUCCUAGCACAAUUAGUCGCACAGACAAACGCAAAACUAAAUAAAGAAGAAUUUCCAUUAGCGUCUGAAACAGUUCUCAAGUCGACCUAUAUGGAUGAUUCUAUGGAUUCUAUGCCGACAGAAAAAUCAGCGUUAGAACUGUAUGAACAAUUAUCUGAACUAUGGCUGAAAGCUGGAAUGUAUGCCAGAAAGUGGCUUUCAAAUUCGCGUACUGUAUUAGAAAAAAUACCACAGAAAGAAAGGGCCAAGGAGGUAAAUUUGGACACAAGUUACUUACCAAUCACAAAAGCACUGGGAGUAACAUGGCAAGCUGAAGAAGAUGUUUUUACAUUUAAACUGAAUAAAGAUAUCUGUUCAGUGCAAACCGUCACAAAAAGAAACUUACUGAAAAGAGUCGCAAGCUUAUUCGAUCCGUUCGGGUUUCUCUCCCCUUACAUCAUUAAAGGAAAAAUUCUUCUACAGCAGUUCUGGUUAAAAAGAUAUGAUUGGGACGAUAAAGUGAACAGCAACUUGACUGAUGAAACUACGGAAUGGCUGGAUGGUCUACUUGAGUUAAAUAAGGUUAUUAUACCACGAAGUUUAUCGUUUGAUGAGGCAAAAAAUCCAUCACUGCACGUCUUUGUAGAUGCCUCAGAAUUAGCAUUUGGAACAGUUGUUUAUAUGAGAUGUAAAAAUGAAGAUGAUCAUAUAAGUGUCAAGUUUGUGUGCAGCAAAACCAGAGUGUCACCCCUCACUGCUGUCAGUAUUCCUCGUCUUGAACUUAUGGCGGCAGUUUUGGGACUUCGUUUAGUAUUGAAUGUUACGAAAGCAAUUGUUAUGAGUAUGAAAAAAGUUACAUUUUGGACAGAUAGUGCGAAUGUUAUUCAUUGGAUCAGCAAUGAAAGCAGAAGAUUCAAGCCUUUCGUGGCACAUAGAAUUGGAGAAAUACAUACCCAUAGUGUGCCUAAUCAGUGGCGGCAUAUUUCAAGUACCAAUAACCCAGCAGAUGUAGCUUCAAGGGGAACAACUGCUAAAGAUCUCAUACAAAAUACUUUGUGGUGGAACGGUCCACAGUUCUUACAUGAAGAUGAAACACAUUGGCCUGUCAGUUCUAUUGACAAAAGUGAUGUAACAGAAAAUGAGUUCAAGAAAAAGAGUCAACUGAAUGAAAGCUCCGAAACAUCCUUUAUUAGUAAUGUUACAACAGAAGAUCGUUUGGAUCCAGAAAGAUUCUCUGAUUGGUUACGUCUUCUUAGAGUUACAGCAUGGGUCAAAAGGUUUACAGAUAACUGUAGGAAAACAAAUGAUAGAAACAAAAGCAGAGUAUUGACAUUGAAAGAAUUACAAGAAGUAGAAAACAUGUUUAUACAUAAAACACAAGUAAAACACUAUCCAGAAGAAUACUCGUGUAUAGUGAAAGGACACACCAAUGCCGAGAAGCAGUAA